UAGUGCUUAUCGCCAUGAAUGCUGUCACUGGUUUUAUAAUCGCAUGUCUAACGUUUACCACCUACGGUUUGCCACAUCCGCAAAUUGUCGGUGGCAAUGACGCUCUGGAUGGCGCAUAUCCUUAUCAGGUGUCAUUGAGAAAUAAUUUGACAUUAGAUUCUUUAUCUCAUUUUUGUGGUGGAGCCAUUAUAAGCGAACAUUACAUUAUUACUACUGCCCAAUGUAUUAAUCAAUUCGAGAAUCCUUACAACGUUUAUGCUGUCGUUGGAAGUAAUUGCCUUAACACAACUGAUGCAGUCGUAUAUCAAGUAAAAAACUUGAUAAUACACGCUGGUUUCAAUAAUUUGCUACGUGUUCAUGAUAUUGGUUUAAUUCAAGUAUCAAGCAAUAUCAUAUUUAAUAAAAAUGUUCAGCCGAUUGUUUUGUCAACUACUGAUCGCAAUUUCGAUGAUUAUCCUCUCUUAAUCACUGGCUGGGGAGAUCUUUGGUCGAGCGGUUUAGCUUUUAAUCGCUUGCAAGAAAUUAUAGUAAGAGGAUAUUCCCAUGAGUUAUGCAGCAGAUGGACAUACGUCAAGCAGACUCAUAUAUGUACCUUUACAAUGGAGAAUAAAGAAUUUUGCCACGGUGACGCCGGUAGUCCACUCGUUGCUGAUGGGAUUUUAGUUGGUCUUAUGUCGUACAGUUAUGGUCCGUGUGGUGCAGGUACUCCCGAUGUAUCUACCAGAAUAUCUUCCUAUCGAUCGUGGAUUAAAUACUACACAGGGAUUUCGCGAACCUCAGUAAGGAUCAAUAUGUUUUCUAUCACAGAUCUCAUAAUCACGUGUCUAAUAUAUCACACCGCUUAUGCUGUGGAUACGCAAAUCGUAGGCGGCAGAAAUGCUUCAACGGGACAAUAUCCUUAUCAAGUAUCAUUGAAGACGCAAAAUGGAAGCCAUUUUUGCGGUGGUGCCAUCAUCCAUGAGAAAUUUGUUAUCACUGCGGCGCACUGCUUAUCAGGAAAGUCACCAGACGAUAUUUUCAUCGACGUUGGAAGCAUUUAUCUUAGUAAUCCUGAAUCUAGAUAUUUGGCGUACAAACUAAUAAUACAUCCUGAUUACAACAAAACUAAUAUGAUGAUCAUAAAUGAUAUUGGUUUAAUUAAUAUAAAAAACAAAAUUAGCUUUACUAAUAAUACUAAAUUAAUAAAUUUAAUAUCUUACGACCGUAAUUUCGAAGAUCUUCGGUUAAAUCUUACUGGCUGGGGAAAGCUUAAGGCAGACGGUUUAAUACCGGAACAGCUUCAACAAGUAGUAGUGUAUGGAUUUUCUCAAAAGGAGUGCCCCGAAAAGAACAGUAACUUCACCGAUCGAUAUAUAUGCACCCUUAAUGCGGUUAAUCAAGGAGCAUGCAAUGGAGAUUCCGGUAGUGCUCUUACUUACGAAGGCGACCUAGUUGGCAUCUUGUCCUAUGGUACUCAGCCAUGCGCCAGUGGCUAUCCAGAUAUAUUCACCAGAGUAUACUAUUACAGGAACUGGAUUAAUGAAACUAUUAAUGAAAAUAUUAAUAAUGCAGGCAGCAACCAACAACUGAAUAUCAUUCUUGGAACUUUUAUGACAUAUUUAUGUAUUUCAUUUAUGUAAAUAUGUACAUAUAUUUUUAUUUA